GUUAACGUCAUAACGACUGUUAAUGAUAUGGAUAGAUAGAAAUAUCCAAAUUUGUGUAGAAAAAUGCUGUUGCGGCCCAUAUUAGGCAGGACACGUUUUCUAUUUUCUCCGAUGCUGUACAAUCAUUCAAAGACAUGCCCGGCAAAGAAAAGUCCUAGUGAGCCACAACAGGAAGUAAAAAGAUGUCCCUCGGGUGGCGGAGCGGAGAAACGGGGAGGAGGAUCAGGCCCUUUAGGUCAACCAGCCCUCAGGCGAAACAUGUACUCCGGACGGGUGCGACUCGGCUUCCUUCCUGAUGGAUGGUUCACAUUCUUUUACAAACAAACCGGAGUCACAGGCCCUUACUUAUUCUUUUUCAACCUCACCAAUUACAUGGUGAGCAAAGAAAUCUAUGUCAUGGAACACGAGUACUACUUGGGGCUCUCCGCCUUCGUAGUUAUAUUGUACGUCACAAAGAACUUCGGAAAAGGCAUAGGCGCGAGUUUAGACAAGCAAGUCGAUGCGUAUGCUGCUGAUUUGGAGAAAGGCCGUAAGAUGGAAAUGGAUUAUUUUAAUAAUGCAAUAAAGAUGGCUAAAGAUGCACAGCGUCGCGCCGAGGGGCAGAAGUUGUUGAUGGAUGCGAAGAAAGAAAACGUUGCCAUGCAGUUGGAAGCGAUCUACCGAGAGAGGGCUAUGGUAGUGUACCGCAGUGUUCGGGGCCGCAUGGACUACCACAUCAAGCGCUACCAGGCCGAGGCUCGCAUUCAUCAGAAGUGGAUGCUCGGGUGGAUAUUGCGAGAAGUACAUAAGUCCAUCACGCCCGAGUUUCGAGAACGGGCUUUGCAAAGCGCUAUAAGGGACUUGGCAGCUGCUGCCAGUCGAGCCUAGUAACGGUAGGUAUUAUUCAAACCAAUCUCUUUAAAAUUGUUUUGUUUUACGUAACUUCACGGUGUUACAUUAGUUAUUAUUAAAUUCGAAUUCGACGUUA